AUGUCGAGCGAUAGUUUUCGCUUGGAAUCUUUCCGGCCGUGGAAUCCUUUCCAGGACAAAGCGCAGCCUCUGCGGAAUUCUCUCGAUAUUUGUCGUUAUCCAAGUCCUGUCUCGAUCACUGCUACCUCGCCUCCCUCCAAUUCUAGCAACUCGGCCUCGACGAACCCAAAUUUUCAUUUUCAUAAACCUGAGCGACACCCCCUUCCUCCCCGACCACCAGUGGAGGCUUGCUUGAAUGACAGCCUACCACAGGAGAUAAACACUCAGCACCAACCCGCUAUGCAGGAUCAGACAUUAUGUGUUAACCCCGGAGUUCAGGCGUUCGACUUCGAGGAUAUUCGCCAACUGCAGGAUUUACCAAGCUCUGGAGACGAAGACCGUCCGAUGAUCUAUGAUAAUCUAGGCGCAGAGUCUCAGCACCCACUCGACUUUGAGUCAGGCGAUCCGGGAUUCGCUUGCACUACCAGUCAGCACUCUCAUACUGGCAUUACUAGAAGUUCUGUUCUGACGAGCGAGUGUUGCGACGCAACAAUUGAUCCGGCAAUCCUGGGUGAUUACCAUUUCCGAGAUAUUGAGCAGACCCCAGCAAGAAAAGACACUGACGUUGUGGUCCCUUCUCGUUCGUCGGAUAAAACUGUUCGUGGCCGCAGCAUGCGACCAAAAAUGAAACCAAGGCGGCAGUGGUCCAAAAUAAACAAGGUUUCUGUCGUCGUGGACAAUCGCCACGUGAAUAGGACUGGCCGGAGCACUCGAGCAAACGGCCCCGUUAAAAUGUCGUUUUCAAUUCUUCGGGAUCAAUUCUCUUCUCUACCGGUCGAAGAGCAACUGCAGUUCUUGUCCUGGCUGUUUCAGGGUGCUUUGUCCCAAUGCCUCCAUGCUUCAUCCAGCGCGGAUGGCGCAUCGGCAUUAGGUUCUAUCUCGGGAGAGGAAGAAACCUCGACUCCACCGCCUGCGCAACCAUUCGCAGGUGCCAACGUGGUCGAUAUACAGCAUCCUGGCUCCUCGAGAAAAGGACUACCUUUCAUUCCGGAAGAGGAUCGCCUUCUGGUGAAGCUUAGGAAGGAAGACGCUCUUACCUGGUCGGAAGUGAUCAAGCGAUUCAGUCGGAAGUUCCCUGGAAGGAGCAAAGGCUCCAUUCAGGUGCACUGGAGCACGACGCUUAGGAAACAACUGCUGUCUUAA